AGAGGCUGAGUGGACUGAUACUGGGACAGAGAGGCUGAGUGGACUGGUUAACACUGGGACAGAGAGGCUGAGUAGACUGGUAUCUUGCUUUGAGAAUAAACAAGCUGAGAAGCUGAACCUAAAGCAGACUGAGGAGGACUUAUGGUGGAAGAGACCCCCAGAAUGCUGUUCAGACAGCAGACUAGAUUAAGAAAAGUAAUAAAGAUGGAAACUGGAGGACUGUAUACAGAAUGACCUACAGUAACAACACACGUGGCAGUCAUACAGAAGGAUCUGAGAACUGAUCUAAAGCCCGUGCUGACAGCUGAUCGACAUCGAAGCUGAACAUAAAAACACAGAAGUAAGAGUUCUUCCUGAAAAAAGUGAGAAGGCGCACCAGAGUUUAUGGACUACAUGUCGACAAAAGCCAGAGAAGAUACAGUUUGGAGACUCUGAAGGAAUCGUGUUGGGAAGAAUAGUGCAAAUGGUGCUGCAGCACCUCCUUCCCUCGCAGCCCCACUUCAAAAAGGUGGAGGUCACAGGAUUCCAGCUCACUGCAACGAUUUGAGGAUUAACAACAGACCUGGAAAAGAGAGACAGUGCUUAUGUUCACCAUAAUGGCACCUGUAGGUGUGGCUAAGCUGCGGGCUCGGCUCUUCCUGCUGUUCCUUAUCUUGACACUUCGCGCCGGCAUGCUUCAGUUUGCUACAGCCACGAUACAAGGGUACAUAGGAGACAGGGACAUAAUAUGCCCAUCUGUCUGCCGGUGCGAUGAGGACUUUAUCUACUGUAAUGAUCGUGGUCUAAGCUCCAUCCCGUCGCUGCCUCCUUCAGCUUCCGUCCUCUACCUUCAGAACAACCAGAUAAACAACCCGGGUUUGCCCACCUCCUUGGAGCGCCAGCUUUCAAUCCGUGUGGUCUACCUCUAUGAUAAUGAACUGGAUGAAUUUCCCAUGCACCUGCCACCAUCCGUCCGUGAACUGCAUUUACAGGACAACAACAUACGCACUAUUCCUCGUAGCACACUGGCUCAAAUGCCCUUGCUAGAGAAACUCCACUUGGACGACAAUUCUAUUUCCACUGUCAGCAUUGAGGACCAGGCCUUUGCUGACAACCCACGGUUGCGCCUACUUUUCCUUUCACGCAACCACCUGUCCAGUAUCCCCUCCGGACUGCCUGCCUCUCUGGAAGAACUCCGUUUGGAUGACAACCGAAUCUCCACUAUCCCAACCCACGCCUUCCGAGGCCUCACCUCACUAAGAUGUCUUGUCCUGGAUGGGAACCUUUUGGCAAAUCAACGCAUUGCCGAUGACACAUUCUCCCGCCUUUCAAACUUAACCGAGUUGUCCCUAGUCCGUAACUCCCUCCAGACCCCACCUGUCAACCUGCCCAGCGCCCAUCUGCAGCGCUUGUCUCUACAGGAAAACGCCCUGACUCAUAUGCCACGCGGGUCCUUGGAUGGCAUGCGCAGGCUGCUGAGGCUGGACCUGUCAGGAAACAACCUGACCACCCUGCCUAGGGGACUGUUCAAAGACCUGGACAGCCUGGGUCAGCUGCUAGUGCGAGGCAAUCCUUGGCACUGUGGCUGCAACCUGCGUUGGCUGUAUGACUGGCUGCAUGCCCGUGGUAACUCCAUCACUGUCAGAGGUCUCACCUGCCAUGGACCUGACAGGGUACGAGACAUGGCUUUGAUAGACCUGACCAGCGAGAUGGAGGAGUGUGAGGUGGUAAGGACAGCAGGGACUAGAGACAGAGUGGGUGGGGGUGGAGUUGAUAGCUCUACCACUCUCACCCCUCCACAGGGCUCUCUCUUCACCCUCCACUCAAAGCGACCUGGCCUGGGGCUUCCUGACUCUGGCUUAGACUACACUCUUAGCAGCAGCGGCGUAGGGAAGAGUCUCGCCCUUAAUGUGAAGCCCCUCUCUCACAACAGUGUCCGUGUUACCUGGAGCGUGGCCCAGCCCAGCUCCUCCUUCAGGCUGAGCUGGCUCCGAUUGGGUACUGGGAACGCCAUGGGAUCAAUCACAGAGACUCUGGUCCGGGGCGAUCGUCGAGAGUACCUGCUUACCUCCCUCCAACCACGCUCCAGCUACAUAAUCUGCAUGGUGCCUCUCGCUGCCAGUUCAGAAAGCAAAGGAGCAAUUUCUGGAGAUACUGACUCGGAUGAAGCUCUGGUGUGUGCAAAAGCUGAAACGUCUGACCUCACCCCUUUGGAGGAGGAGGAUGAAGAGUCGCAGCAGAUGACAGUGCUGCCCCUGGCAGGGAUUAUUGGUGGGGCUACUGCCAUUGUAUCUUUGGCUCUUAUUUUUGGCAUCUUCUGUUGGUAUGGACAUAGGACUGGGCAUUUGUGCUCCCGUGACCACUACACACGCAGCAGCUCCAGAAAAAACAAGACCUAUGAUGAUUACAUUGAGUCAGGCACCAAGAAGGACAAUACCAUCUUGGAGAUUCGCAGUCCAGGGUUACAGAUGAUGCCUAUGGCAGCUUGCCAGCCAAUGCAGCCAAAACCCCUACGAGAGGAUUACAUCAUUCAUACCAUAUUCCCCUCCAAUGGCACUGGCCUGUACAAAGGUGACAGCCAUGUUUCUAAUGCAGGACAUGGCACCAACCGUGGCUAUAGAGAAGGAGGAAUCCCAGAUAUAGACUACUGUUACACAUGAUGUACUGUACCAGAUCCUGUUCACAGUGUUAUUGGUAAACUGUAUAGAUGCACAAUUUCCCUUCGCAUGGACACUUCUGAAGCACCCCUCUGUGCCUUCUUCUUCUGGUCUCCCAUUCCAAAAUACCUGCUGUUCACUGCACUGAAAGUACUGUAUGUGAUUAACUGGAACUGAAACCUUGUGGGAACAGUUCACUGCAGGAAGCAGCAGCCAGUGCCCCAGGUGUAAAUGCACAGCUGACUGUUUCUUUACCAUCUUAGUAAUGGCCUGUGUAUGUUUUCUUUUCUGCUCUUUCCGUGUGACAUGUAAGCAAAGAAUGUAUACACUAUGGAAAGGUCAAAGUUAGCUUAGGUGAAAGUUGAGUUCCUCUUUUACACACCGGAGCCACAGCAGUCAAUCCAAAAUGGAUUAAGAAAUUAUGAAAUAACAGUUUUUGGUACUCUUUUCCUGCUCACCGGUCAUACACAGUAUGUAGUCUUAUCAAGUCAUUGUUCCAAAUGCCUCAACUAUAUUGAUGUGCCCUACCAGCUAUCCAAGGAAAGGGCUUUGUAAAGCUGUGAAUUGUUCUAUUUCAAACGACCCAAUAACCACUUGUCUUAAAGUAGGCUUGUUAUUAUCUUAUUCAGUAGUUGGCACGGUGAACAUGUUAUCAUGGCUGGCCAGCCUUGGUUAUACCUCUCAAGAUCAUUCACCUAAGAUCUGUAUUGUAUUGUUGCAUCUGAUGAGAUGCAGCACAAGCGUGUAGAUAAUUUACUUAGAUACCGACUGGGCUGUGUUUGAAAAAUGCUUUGCUAUUUUCAUCCGUUGUUUUGUUUAGUAAUCAAAUCCUGCACAGCUCUCUUUGUUUAUUUAUUUUGUUCCUUAUGUGAUGGUUUAUGUCUCUGCUAAAAUUGCAAUUUUCGCCCUCAUAUUUGCCACUACUGAUGAAACGCAGCUUUGAUGAAGACAGUGGAUUUGUUUCAUCGAAACAGCAAAAUACAAGAAGUGAAGAAAAUAUCCUGAAGGCUUCCUCCAGGUUCAUGUUUUCUUAAAAGCAGCAGAUUGAAUUCUUGAGUGAGACUGUUAAUAUUAUGUAAUUUGGAAUUAGACCCCACCCGAAGACUAGCAUGUCAGUCCACUGAGACGGUAGAGACAAACAACCUCAACCCCUCUUUUCCCAUUUUGUGCCUGUGAACUUAACCUGUGACUUCAGUUGGUAACUAUUGGUUACAAAAUGUUUUCUCCACAUUCUUAAAGCGACAACGGCGUUCACAGGGAAUCCAGACUGGACAAAUGACUAAUGUGGAGCCACCUGUUUGAGGCAGACUCUUGUGAGUGAACCUUGAUAUGAGGGUGGGAACUGUGAGUGAAACUGAGGAGACUCAAACCGCAACACUGUUGACCUGCACUGUGGAGCAGUGGCCAAGCUGUGGGGGUGGGGGGUAGAUGGACUGUUGGGGGAGUUUGUAGAUGGGGAGACUCCUCAUUGAGAUGUUUGUUUUAGAAAUGGUAAAAGGCCUCAACUCAUUCCACCUCUUUUAUUACUGCGCAGCACUUAAAAUGUAAAUGUGUUAGCACUUAGAGAACAGGGAUAAAUGUAAUGACAAGCACGGUGAGACAGAGGCUAAAGAAACAUCUCCAGGCACUGAGAAAGAUGAAGAAUUGAUGGAUCUGCCGCAGCAUAAAUCAGUUUGUCAUACUCAGCUUCUCCCCUUGGGUUUAAUAUUGUCCAUCAGUUGUUUACCACUGUGUUGCUUCCAAAGGGGAAACCAGUUGUGCUUCCUUAACUGUUCUGUCCGCCAGAGUUUAACACCAUUGUCAGACAAUAUGUCAGUGGAAUGUAUAUUUUAUCUUGCACCCAAAAUCACUGGCUUAAACAUCUUACUGGCCUGGCUAAUUCUGUUUUGGGGAAUGUUGAUACAGUGUAAUUGCUAUUUUACAGUGGGUCUAUUCAAGACACGUACUUCCUCAUCAUUUGUAUAAAUAAAACCAUGGCCACAGCCACAUGAAUAUUUUUUCUGGUGAAAUUAUAGAAAGUAAUGGUGCCAUAAAAAAAAUGAUGUAAACCUGAGAUAUGUGUGGAAAUUGCUUUAUAAAUUCAUCUUCAGAGGGGAUCAAUAAAAAGUUUUAUAAUCUUGUUAUUA